GCUUCGCGUCAUUCGGGCUUUGAAAAGCGGCGCGGCUCCUUCAAGAUGGCGGAGCUGGAGCAGCUGCUGGACGAGAGCUCUUCAGCGAAAGCUCUUGUCAGUCUUAAAGAAGGAAGUUUGUCAAACACUUUAAAUGAGAAAAACAACCUACCAAAAUCUCAGAACACCAGGGGAAGGAGCAGCUACACGUCUAUGGAAACGCCGACAAGAAGCUCGAAGAGGAGUCGCUUUUCCUCUGAGGAGGAGGAGGGAACAGUCGCUUCAAGAUCCCCGCGGCGGAGCCAGAGAGUGACCACUGUGCCUCAGAAACUUGCAAAUGUCACAACACCAGACAAAAGAACCUCACAGAAGAUUGGACUGAGAUUACGAAACCUGCUUAAACUGCCCAAAGCUCACAAGUGGUGCAUCUAUGAGUGGUUCUAUUCUAAUAUUGACAAGCCCUUAUUUGAGGGUGACAAUGACUUCUGUCUGUGCCUGAAGGAGUCUUUCCCUAACCUAAAGACCAGGAAACUGACUAGAGUGGAAUGGGGAACCAUCAGACGCCUAAUGGGCAAACCCAGAAGAUGUUCCUCUGCGUUUUUUGCUGAGGAGCGAACAGCACUGAAGCAGAAGAGGCAAAAGAUGCGAUUGUUGCAACAGAGAAAGAUCACAGACAUAUCUCUUUGUAAAGAUCUGCCAGAUGAGAUUCCUUUGCCGUUAGUCAUUGGCACUAAAGUCACAGCUCGGCUCAGGGGACUCCAUGAUGGCCUGUUUACUGGACAGAUUGAUGCAGUGGAUACAAGUGCAGCAACGUAUCGUGUGACCUUUGACAGAAGUGGACUUGGCACACAUACGGUUCCAGACUACGAAGUGCUGAGUAAUGAACCUCAUGAAACAAUGCCCAUAUCAGCCUUCGCCCAGAAACAGCGACCAUCUCGCUUCCAGAACUUUCUGACUCCUCCACGAGGGGCAUAUCCUGCGUCAACCCAACCCAUUUUAAUGGACAAUGACCCUCUCUUCAGUCAGUCCCCUUGGCGGAGUAAACUGACUGGAAGUGAUGGAGACACACUGGGAGGAUUUCCUGUCAAAUUUCUUGUACAGGUGACACGAUUGUCUAAAAUUCUCAUGAUCAAGAAGGAACACAUAAAGCAUCUAAAGGAGAUGAAUACCGAAGCUGAAAAACUGAAGUCCUACUCCAUGCAAAUAGGUUUGGACUUUCAGAAGAGAUAUGCAACCACUGUUCUAGACCUGGAGCAGCUUAAUAAAGACCUGAACAAAGUCCUGCAUGAGGUUCAACAAUUCUGCUAUGAGCUGGCUCCAGAUCAAGGCAUGCAGCCUGCAGAUCAGCCAAGUGAGCUGCGGAGGCGCUGCGAGAAUGAAGCCGAGGACGUAAUGAGGUUGUGCAAUGCACUGCCGGAUGGGGAACAGCGUGUCCAGAGCCCUGGCCUUACUCAGCUUGUUUCUCGUCUUACUACCAUCUUGCUGCAGAUCAGGUGCUUAGCAGAAGGAGGUGAUCUGAACUCAUUUGAAUUUAAAGCAUUGACUGAUUCCUUGAACGACAUCAAGAGUUCAAUAGACACUUCUAAUCUCAGCUGUUUCCAGGAUAAUGUGGAGAUCCAUGUAGCACACAUCCAGAGUGGCCUGAGCCAGCUGGGCAACCUCCAUGCUUUCUCUGCCAACAACACCAACAUAACGUGACUGAACCAGAUUCUAUACAAAACUCCUAUUUCCAAACAUGGACUCCGAGCCAUCUCUGUCCCACUUUUUUUUUUUUCUCCCCCCCUUUUUGUUUAGAGGUGUUUAAAUGUUCCCUGACUAAACAUGAACCGGCAGGCAGUUCCCCCCAUACACUGUGUUAAAUAUGACAAACAAGCAGAUCUGUUCAAAUGGCCAGUUAAUAUGCUAAGGCAUCCAGUUUAAGAAAUGUUAAAUUUAUUGAUCCUUCUUGAUGUUCCUUCACCAAUGUUAAUCUAGUCGUAUUGGCGGUCCUUUUAUUUUUAUGGCUGGUUCCUGUAAGGUUUUUGCCAAAUUCUACAUUUUCCACUUGCGGUUCUUUUUUAUUUUUUU